AAGAAGAAGAAUAAGAAGAUGCUUGCUUGUCUUGGUAGAAAAUGGAUGAGAUUGUCAACGAUGAAUCUAAAACCAACCUGGAACUUCGUAAACGCCGUUGACGCAAGUAGAACAAUUGUGAGAGGAAUAAGCGGUGGAGGAGCUGAAACGGUAGCUAAAGAGAGAGUUGACACUGUCGUUAUCGGUGCCGGAGUCGUGGGUUUAGCGGUGGCGCGUGAGCUCAGUCGCCGCGGUAGAGAAGUGCUAAUCCUUGAAGCAGCCUCAUCGUUCGGUACCGUGACGAGUUCCCGCAACAGUGAAGUCGUCCACGCCGGAAUCUAUUAUCCACCAAACUCUCUAAAGGCCAAGUUUUGUGUAAGAGGGAGGGAAUUGCUGUAUAGGUACUGCUCAGAAUAUGAAAUCCCUCAUAAGAAGAUUGGUAAGCUUAUCGUUGCUACGGGAUCUUCUGAGAUACCGAAACUGGAUCUAUUGAUGCAUCUUGGAACUCAGAAUGGAGUCUCGGGUCUAAGGAUGUUGGAUGGUUUUGAAGCUAUGAGAAUGGAGCCACAGCUUCGUUGUGUUAAAGCAUUGCUAUCUCCUGAAUCUGGGAUUCUUGAUUCACAUUCCUUCAUGUUAUCUUUAGUGGGAGAAGCAGAGAACAAUCACGCAACUUUCUCAUACAACACGGUGGUUUUAAACGGUCAUGUUGAAGAAAAGAAGAUGCAUUUGUUUGUUGCUGAUACCAGAUUCUCUGAAUCUCAGUGUGAGGCAGAAGCACAGCUUCAGCUUAUCCCUAAUCUCGUUGUUAACUCUGCGGGACUAGGUGCUCAAGCUCUAGCAAAGAGAUUCCAUGGCUUAGAUCAUCGAUUUGUUCCUUCGUCUCACUAUGCCCGUGGAUGCUACUUUACACUAUCAGGCACAAAGGCUCCGCCAUUUAAUAAACUUGUGUAUCCUAUACCUGAGGAAGGAGGUCUCGGUGUCCAUGUCACUGUAGAUUUGAACGGACUUGUUAAGUUUGGACCUGAUGUAGAAUGGAUUGAAUGCGCAGAUGAUACAUCAAGCUUCCUCAACAAAUUUGAUUAUCGUGUAAACCCACAACGAGCAGAGAAAUUGUACCCAGAGAUCAGAAAGUACUAUCCGGAUCUCAAAGAUGGAUCAUUGGAACCCGGUUAUUCAGGCAUCCGUCCUAAGCUUUCCGGACCAAAACAGUCUCCUGCAGAUUUUGUCAUACAGGGAGAGGAGACUCAUGGAGUUCCUGGUUUUGUUAAUCUCUUUGGCAUCGAAUCACCUGGUUUAACUUCAAGCUUGGCUAUUGCAGAACAUAUAGCAAACAAACUUUUGAGAUGAAUUUGAGUUAAAAAGUCUACAUACAUUUGAGAACAAAGGUGGCCUACAAGAAGAAGGCCUGGCAGAUUUAAACGAUUUUCCCUUCUGUGUGAUCCAUUUAAACUUUUUCUAUAACUCUUUACGCUUUGUAAUCAAAUGUUAUAAACACAAGUUUUGUUC